AUGGCGCCGCGCGCCGGGCCGCGUUCUGCCCUUCAGGCUGGCCUCUCCGCGGUCGUAGCUGGGCUCGCUGCUCUCACUCUCCUCGUCAUCGCCGCCCCCGAUGCGCAUGCGGGUGUGGGCGCGGACCGCCCCUCUCGUCGCACGCUGCAGGCGGACGGCAGCGCGCCCGUUGAGUCGUACGACACGCUCGUGGAUUUCGGGUCCAUAGCGUCGGGGUUCAUCAAUGAUGGGUGCUCCGACAUGCCCGCGGCCGCGGUGUGGAGCCCGCCUGCGACUGUGAACGGCGCGAUCAAGUGGGGCAGGUGGCCGCUCAAUCGCCGCCAGUGCAGCAGCGUCUCCUUCCACUCCGCCUGGGGCUGCGCCGGCCGUCCCAGCGCCACAUACUUGCGCCCUGAGAGCAACGCCCCCACCACGAUGUAA